AUGUCCCUUGGCCCGUCGGCUCACCUCAAAAGGCCCCGAUUUAUCUUUCCAACUUGCCCGAGCAUCAGCUCGACCCACGCUAUCUCCUCGAAAAUCUACUCUUAUGAGCAUAUCGCGUUAUGUCCCCUUAGAAUACAAGACCACCUAGAAAAUUCGGCGGGCCUUGCAACCCUGCUAGGACUUGGGAAUGUCGAGAAUGUUAAGGAAGAGGUGGAGUUGAUUCUGGCUUGCAAAUCAAGUGAACCUAUUCGACCCAACCGCGGACAGGAGCAGCUCAUACCUGCUUGGUUGAAGAGCGGUUCUGAAUGA